GUGAUGUUUCUUGGUUUCUCUUUUCGCCGGGUGCACGGGCGCAGCUGACAUGUCCAUCAUCUCCUCCUCGUCCUCCUCCCUGUCCCUUUACCCGCAGACUCGUACAUGCUCAAUCCAUCGCGGUACAUCGAAGACGCACACCUUGUACCGACGCGCUACGUGCUUCUCCGCGUUCGAUUCCCUCUUGCCAAACUCGCACGGCGGCUCGAGGGCGACGGCAUUAACAUCAUUGCCAACGACGCUCGCGGAAACUGGCAAGGCUUGACCGGUCUUGCCUUUGACCCCUUUGGUGCCGAUGCACAGCCGCUACCCUCGCCACAGGAAGCAGUCUCGCUCGAGGGAACAGUGGUGCGGUGCCCCAACUCUGCAUGCAAGGCGGAGCAGCCUCUUUCGUGGCAGCAGGCAGCCCAGCCAGACUGGAGCAUCAAAUGUCCAUCGUGCAGCCUCCUGAUCCGAAAGGAGACGCUGCUGGGCAAACGGUUCUUUGAUGACAUGAAUGUCUGGCGCUCUCGCGGCUCCGACACCAACGGCUGGCGCAUGCGUGGCGGCGUCCUCAGCAAGGCCAACGGCAAGCCGUUUCACAAGGACCCUUACAACCCGAUUCUCUAUCGCUUAGUUCAGAGCAACCGUAAGCUAUCGGGCACGAACGAGGACGCCAGGGGCAAAAAGAUUUUUGAUUCUACGGUCGAUGUCAUUGGAAAGAUCGAGCAGGGCAAGGCCACGACACCCCAAGCGGCUUUUGAAAGUGAGCGGUACGACAUCGAAGCCAUCUCGAAGUCCAUCUAUGAUCGACUCUCGCCGGGUCUGGAUGAGGCCCAGAGAAAGCAGCUGCACAGGCGUGUGAGCCUGAUGAUGAGCUACUACAUCGACAGCCACCCUCUGAGUCCAGCUUCGCUCGAUCUCGUCGCGGCCGUCCAGCGCCAAUUUGGCUUCGUCGACGAGAUGGACAGCCUCGGCUGGCUCUCUGGCCAGCUGCCGAGCAGAGAGCUCCAAGAGGGACUCGAUAAUGCCAUCGUGCGCUACCAUGGCUGGCUCAAUCUCUCCUUUCGCUAUCCCACCGCAUUCAUUUCACCCACGCUCGACAUCGACCUGGCCUGGCACACGCACCAGCUCAGCCCAGACUACUACACCGACUGCUUCCGGCUGCUCGGCCGCUUUCUCGACCACGAUGACAAAGUCGAAAAGGGCCGGCUGGGCGACGCAUUCCAGGACACAGCCGACCUUUGGCGGAAGCUCUAUGACCAGCCGUAUUCGUGGUGCGGCUGCGCGGAGCACCGAAAGAAGUUUGCGACGGCCAAGAAGCUUCUCUCCAAGCUCAAGGGAAAGUCAAGGGCGAGAGAUGACGACGAUGAAGACGAUGCGGGCGAGGCUGCAGAGGAGGCGCCCGAAGGAUCCAUUCCUACACACCCGAGCGCCCACAAUGCUGUACAGGUGGGAGAAGAUAGUGAAUCAGUGCGAGAGAAGCAAGAUACGACCGAAGAGAAAAGCGUCAAGGUCAUGUCGGCUAGCAGCAGCAGCGGCAGCGGUACUCGAGAUGGCCGGCAGCAGCACGACAAUCCCUUCAAGCGCGACUACGCCAACAUGGCACCCUUCCUCUACAUCCCUGCCGCUCAUGAAGCAGGUGGUGCUGUCCCUGGCAAAUGCGGCCUCGAUACUGUGGGGGCAGGCGCGUGCCUCGGUGGCCAGGCGUCCAUGAUCAACGACCGAUUUGCGCGUGUCAUGAAUAUCGAAAGCAACCGCUUGACCAUGGGCAGCUCUGGCUAUCCCGCCUACAGCGGCGUGGGCUUCGUGGCCAUGGGCGGUUUCGGCAACUGCGGUGGUGGUGGCGGAGGCUGCGGCGGAGGCGGCGGAGGGUGUGGGGGUGGCGGCGGUGGCUGCUGAUCUUCUGUCGUUGUGUUGUAAAGUACGAAGCGAUCUCACACAUACACUCUUAUUAUUACCCCUCUUGAAAUCCAGUAUACCUAUCUCUCUGUGGUGUAGUGCUACAGCUACUUGCUGUCUGUCAGCCUGGGAAAGGUACAGAAAGCGAUUGAGCCUUCAUAAGAAUAGACUCAGAUCCCCUGACCAUAUCUCUAUAUCUCUGUC